AUGCCUCCUGAGAGUAUCAUGUACAGGAAAUUCACAACAGAAAGUGAUGUCUGGAGUCUAGGAGUGGUACUAUGGGAAAUUUUCACUUAUGGGAAACAACCAUGGUACCAGUUAUCCAAUAAUGAGGUGAUUGAGUGCAUAACACAAGGCAGAGUCUUGCAGCGACCUCGCACUUGUCCGAAGGAAGUCUACGACCUUAUGUUGGGAUGCUGGCAGAGGGAGCCUCACAUGAGGCUGAAUAUCAAAGAAAUCCAUAGCCUACUUCAGAACUUGUCCAAGGCAUCCCCUGUAUACCUUGACAUUCUUGGCUAG